AAGUGUAAGCAUGUUAACACUGAUUGCUGGUUGAUGGACAAGAUAAUCGUCUUUAAUUUUUGUGUUAAAUAGAAGUUAAAAAAUCUUCCUUUUCUUAAAUAGAAAUUAUUUUUUUACUUCUUCUGUUGAUUGAAAAUUUUUAGUUUUAUUAGCUGAAAAGUGCAUGCGGAAAGUGCAUUUUAUUGUUGUUCUAAAUUAAAUUUAAAAAUAAAAUAAAAUAAAAAGUAAAAAUUAGUGAUAAAUUAAAAACUUAAAUUAAACAAAAAUUGUUAAAAAAUGGCUCUGAUUUUACGAAACAUUGUGGACGUAUAUUUCUAUCUAAAUGACGAAGCUAGUGAUCCACGUGUCAAAGACUUUUUAUUGAUGUCGAAUCCGUUCCCCACAAUAGCCAUAUUGACCGUGUAUUUAUACUUUAUUUUAAAAUGGGGACCGAAUUACAUGCGAGACAGAAAACCAUUCAAUUUGGAUACGCUUAUGAUCGUCUACAACAUAAUUCAAAUAAUUGCUUGUUGUAUGCUGCUGAAACAGGCCUGGACUCAUGCCUAUGCAAAGGGAUACAGUUUAUUCUGUGAGCCGGUAGACUUCUCACCGAAUCCUGAUUCGAUAGAGGUAGCCAAAGGAUGUCAUGCAUAUUUCCUACUGAAAAUUGCCGAUCUUCUGGACACCGUAUUUUUCGUGCUGCGGAAAAAGGACAAUCAGGUGUCGUUCCUUCAUAUGUACCAUCAUACCGGUAUGGUGGCAUUGACAUGGACAGCCACCAAAUUUCUGCCCGGCGGCCAUUCCAUCUUUACCGGUUUCAUCAAUUCGAUCAUUCAUAUUGUGAUGUACGCAUACUACUUGGUAACGGCGUUCAGUCCAAAGUACAAGAACAAUGUCUGGUGGAAGAAAUAUAUAACCCAAAUGCAAAUUAUUCAAUUCUUUAUGAUUGGCACCCACUGGGCAGCAUUACUCGUCCAAGACAGUUGCGGCUAUCCUCUCUGGCCCGUUGCAAUAAUGAUUCCACAAAACUUUUUCAUGUUGGCUCUAUUCGGCGACUUCUAUCGUAAAGCCUAUCUUCAAAAACGACCCAAAACCGAACCGGUACAGGCAAAUGGUGCGAAAAAGCUCACCAACGGUACGACCAGCGUUACAAAUGGCCAUACGAAUGGAGGUCACAAAAAUGGAUUUAUGGUUAAUGGCACUAAUGGCGGCACGAAUGGAUCGUUGAUAAACGGGUUAACGAAGCGGGCCAACGGCGUAUCGACCGACACAUCGAAUCUGCUGCAACGGCAUUUAGCAACGUCACAACAGUUUGAUAAUAUUUAAUUUAACAGACAACACACAUCAUAACCGAAUUGAUCACAAUAGUUCUAGACGAUAAAAGCAAAAAUGACGAAAAGAUUGAUUUUAAGUUUGUGUAGCUGCUAGAUUUUUAAGUUUCUCUUUUAUAUCUGUAACAUACCCGUAAUUUAAGUAUUUAAUUUCAUUUGUGUUUAUCUUUUCAAAUUCGAUUUUUUUUCAUAUAUCAACUGAGCUAAGCGGCCGUCCAUGAAUUAUGUUUCGGCAUUUUUCCAAACCGCGCAUCCGUUUUAUCGUACCAAAAACUACACGAAAAUCAUAACUUUUUCGUUCACUUCGCUCAGUUCUUAGAGUGUGCACGGAGAGCGAUUUCUGACCAGUAGUUUUAAUCCGCAUGUUAAUGCUUAAUUUCCUCUUACCAAAAAGUACUCCGCGCGAGAGACAAAAUUGAUUUUUUUCAAUUUUUGCUUUUAUUAUUUGACAGCUCGCUCUCUCACGGAGUACUUUUUGUUGAGUGAAACGGAAACUUAAAGCGUAGAUCGCACUAUACUCCGUUUACUCACCGUUUUCAAAAUAACAAUAAAAACGGUUCUCUCUUUCCAUUGUUGCAGCAUAAACGGAAUGAAGAGCAGAUUGAGCUUUAAGAUUUACUUUGAACUAAUAUGUGG